CACUCUCUUAUAAUAUAACACACAGAGAAAAAGAAAGAAAUAGAAAGGGAGAGAGGCAGUAGAUCAAAAAGAGUUUUGGUUGCGGAGAUCUUUUUGGGGCUAUCUAGUCAGUGAGAGCAAUAUUCAAAAGUGAUGAAUAAAAAAGGGAAUGAGAGCAAUAGAGCUGGAAGAGAAGGGCAUGAGUCUCAAGUUUUCUUUCUAUCUUAAUAAUCACAUUACUUUGUCUCUUUGCUUUUAUUUCGUUUGAUCCCAUGCUGCUAGUAUAGCUCAACUCGAUCUUACCAUUUUGUCUUCUGUGGAGUCUCAGAUCGAUCAAAACAAAACUUCUUUGUUCUUUCUUUCUUUUAUCUUUAUCUUCAUCAUCUCUACCAAAAGAUAAAAAAACAAAUUAAGUUUGGGUGGUAUUUAGAUAUAUAUACAUAAGAAAAGAGAAAAAAGAGUGUUCUUUGGUUAAUAUCUUUUGGUUUUUUGAAAAUGGGCACUGGUUGGAGAAGAGCUUUCUGCACAACGAUCCCUCGAGAUUCAGAAAUCGCCACAGUUUCAGAUAAGCAACAACAAGUUGUUAGUCCUAGUACUAGUCCAAGCCCCAGAAGUUGUACAAAGUUAGGUUUUUUUACCGGUAGUAGCAACCCUUCUACUCCUCGCUUGCAGUCUCAACCAGUCUCAAGCCCCAGCUUGCGUUGCCGGACUGCUACUCUUGAAGCGCCUUCUACAAAUGAGAGCCCUAGACUCCAAUGCAAAACCACACCCAAAUCAACCAAGAGUCCCAAACCAUUACAGGGUUCUAACCCAUCCUCUCCUCGAUCUCCUCUCAAGUUAUCUCUCUUCAAGAACAGCUUCAAGUUCAGAAGUAGCUGUGGAAUCUGUUUGAACAGCGUGAAGACAGGUCAGGGCACAGCCAUCUACACAGCAGAAUGCUCACACGCCUUUCACUUCCCGUGCAUAGCCUCCCACGUGCGAAAGCAUGGCAGUCUCGUUUGCCCCGUCUGCAACACCACCUGGAAAGACGUUCCUUUACUCUCCGUCCACAAAAAUCUCGGCGCCGUAGAAAACCUCCACCUAAACCACACCGACUCACACGACAACAUCAUCAAGACUAAAAUAGAUGAAAAGAAGAUAAUUGAAUCUUCUCCCAGACUUGUUAAAACCUUCAAACAAGAACCAAGACCAGAUUCAAGAUCCUACGAUGACGACGAGCCAUUGAUAUCUCCGACUGCUGGAGGUGUUCGUUUCAUUCCCAUACCUGAGGCAGAUGAGAAUGUCCAAGAGGAGGAAGAUGAUGUUGAAGAGUUUCAGGGCUUUUUCGUUAAUUCAAACUCUUCAUCCUCACUCAAAUCCGACCAAGUUCAAUUUUACGGCAGAGAUUCGAGACACGUUCAGAUUAGACUGUUACCAGAAUCUGCUGUCAUCUCUGUUGGUAGAAAUUAUGAGACUUAUGCAGUGGCAUUAAGAGUGAAAGCACCACCUCCGUCACCAAUCGUUAAAAGCAACAACACGGCGUCGUAUCGUGCGCCUAUCGAUUUGGUGACUGUACUUGACGUGAGUGGUAGCAUGACUGGAGCCAAGUUACAAAUGUUAAAACGCGCCAUGCGUUUGGUUAUUUCUUCUCUCGGCUCGGCUGAUCGGCUUUCUAUUGUGGCCUUUUCUGCAAGUCCUAAGAGGUUGUUGCCUUUGAGGAGAAUGACGGCUCAGGGUCAGCGCGCUGCGCGGCGCAUCGUUGACCGGCUCGUUUGUGGUCAAGGGAAUAGCGUGGGUGAUGCUUUGAGGAAAGCUGCUAAGGUGCUCGAAGAUCGGAGAGAGAGAAAUCCAGUUGCAAGUAUCAUGUUAUUAUCCGACGGUCACGAUGAGAGAGUCCAGGUUAAUUCUUCUAAUCAACGGCGAGGAGGAAGCCACGCGUCCUCUACACGUUUCUCUCACAUUGAGAUCCCAGUUCAUUCAUUUGGUUUUGGUCAAAGCGGCGGCUACAGCCAGGAGCCAGCCGCGGACGCUUUUGCUAAAUGCGUUGGCGGGUUAUUAAGCGUGGUCGUACAAGAUUUAAGAAUCCAGCUCAAUUUCGCCUCUGGCUCGGCUCCAGCUGAGAUUGCAGCUGUUUAUUCAUGUAGUGGAAAGCCGACUAUCCUCAGCUCAGGCUCAGUACGGCUUGGAGAUUUAUACGCCGAAGAAGAAAGGGAGUUACUGGUGGAGUUAAGAGUCCCCACACCGGCGAUUGGAUCCCACCACGUGAUGUCAGUGAAGUGUCUUUACAAAGACCCCGCCACUCAAGAGGUCGUAUACGGCGCGGAUCAAGCGCUUUUGGUACCCUGCCCGCACGCUGCUAGAUCAUCAGCACCGAAAAUCGAACGGUUGAGAAAUCUAUUUAUCAGUACAAGAGCCAUAGCCGAGUCACGAAGGUUAAUUGAGCACAACGAUUUCACCAGCGCACAUCAUUUGCUAGCGUCGGCUCGAGCUCUUUUAAUACACUCCAGCGCAGAAUCGGCUGACGAUUAUGUGAAAGGGUUGGAAGCGGAAUUGGCAGAAUUGCAUUGGAGGAGACAGUAUCUCUUAGAGCAGCAGCAACAGCAACAACAAAUGAUGAUGAUGCAAAGGCGAAGAGGGGGCGAGAGGGAAGUGAUGGUUGUGACGGACGAAAAUGGGGAGCCGCUUACGCCGACUUCGGCUUGGAGAGCAGCUGAGAAGCUGGCUAAGGUAGCUAUGAUGAAGAAGUCGAUGAAUAGAGUCAGCGAUUUGCACGGCUUCGAAAACGCUAGAUUCUAAUUUUAUCAUAAAUUGAAGAAAUUUAUA